UUAAGCUACGAUGACAUUCCUGGGACCGAUGUAGAAUCACGAUUCAAGGAUACUAUCAGUGAACUAGUUGAACAUCCUAUAAAGUUGAGAGCCCCGACGGAUCCUCUGACCCCACAGUACUUGAAAGUCUAUUUGACGGCUCGAGAGCGUAAAAAAAUCAGACGGCAAAAUCGUAAAGAGAUGCAGAAGGAGCGUACUGAGAUGAUUCGGAUAGGUCUUGCCAAAGCGCCUGCUCCUAAAGUGAAAAUUUCAAACCUUAUGAGGGUCCUCGGAAGCGACGCGGUUCAAGAUCCUACAAAGAUGGAAGCACAUGUGAGAAAACAAAUGGCUGAUCGACUGAAGAAGCAUCAACAGGCAAACGCAGAGAGGAAGUUGACUGACGAGCAAAAGGCAGUGAAGAAAACAAAAAAGAUUUCUGAAGACACUUCCUUAGCAGUUCACGUUGCCGUUUAUAGAGUUAAAUCACUCUUACAUCCCUCGAAAAAGUUCAAAUUCAAAGUUGAAAUGAAUGCAAAGCAGCUUCAAAUGACGGGUGUAAUUCUACUGCAUAAGAAUAUAAAUCUUGUUGUUGUCGAAGGGGGUCCUAAGCAACAAAAGUUCUAUAAAAAUCUAAUGCUGAAUAGAAUCAAAUGGGAAGAUGAAGUAAUAGGACAAAAGAAGGAUGCUGAUAAAGACGCACCAGGAGAACGAAACCACUGUCAAUUGAUCUGGGAGGGUCAGGUGAAGCGGCGGAAUUUCAGGGAUUUCACUGUGGUCACUGCUACGAUAGAGAAGCAGGUCUGGCGAGAGACCUGUUGGAAAAGCACAACGUUGCCCAUUAUUGGGAUGUGGCCUACAGCACCACGGUUCUUCUGGAAGGGCAGGAUUCUACACCGGUCUAAAUAUAGAUGUACACAGCUCACUCUGUGCGACUCGUUAUCUUUCAAUUGUUUAAUUGUUUUCAUUUAUAUUCAGAUAAAUAUUUGUUUCCAUUGA